AUGGACCGGAUUUUGAGUGAGAUGAAUGAGCUUCGGAAGGAAAUGCUUCAUUUGCCAGAGUUAUGCGCACAGAGGAUGAUUGAGAAACUGAACAAAACCGACGUCUCCUACAAACCCAGUAACCUGGAAGAGGACGAAGAGAAUCUGUACAGAGGCAUUAAUGAGUCUUCAAACGAUAUUGGACGUCCGCAAAAAGAGUUUGUAUAUCAAAAAGAUGAUUCAGACCGGUUCCGCACACCUUCCAAAAUGAAUUUGCAAAAGGAUGAUAACGGCGUUGAUGUAACUUCUCGUGAAAACACACCUUUUUACUGCACACCUGAGUACUGGGAUAGUUUCAAGGGUGAUAUGGAUGAUCCUGUCCAAGUACCAAAAGUAUCAGAUGAAAAAGCUGCCACAUCUUUAGAGACGGACGAAAUCGCAUCGCAUGCGUCGGUUGGUUCUCAAGGAGUACAAGAGGAAGUGGAGGAGGUUACUGGCAGGCGCAAGCGCAGAGGAUCACAACAUGUCAAGUCUCCUUAUGUGGUCCCUAAACCAAACAAACGUGCAAAACGUUCUGCCAAAGGAAAAUUGUUCCAAAAUGGUGAUGUUAACAAAUCUGGUGAUGAGUAUGAUGUGGUGAAAGCGUCCAUCAAGUACGUGCGUGUGCAUGAGCAUUUACAAAAACAUGCCAAAACAGAAAUUUUCAAUGAUGGCAUGGAAGAAGGUCUCACUGUGAGGAGAGCUUGUCAGAUUAUUAACCAUGAGUGGCUAAGUGGCGACGUAAUUGAUGCAUACUCAUCAUUUUUGGUCGACAAAGUUAAUGAUGAUCGUUUCAUGUUAACAACUUGGAGGAUACAUUGGUUGCUUCACGUUAGACCCGGAAAGAAGACCGCCCGUAAUGAUUAUGAAGCAGAGUCGCAUAGUAAUGGACCCGUGAACAGAUGUGAGGACGAGUAUAUCAAAAAAUCAAAGACUUAUAUUCCUCUAAACAAGCAAAAUAAUCACUAG